UGACCGUCAGCCGUAAACCACACACUGAGUGGGACGGUGGGGAGGGGUUAGAGGGAACGCGUUCUUGCUCGGAUCUCAAACCGGCGAUUAAAUCGAGUUAAAGAACCCCGGUGGAUUCCGGCAUUUGUGCGAGUUCUAAUGGGCGGGAGUAUGCCGGUGCUUUGCUUUCUUGUUCUUGGGAGUUAAAGAUCAAGAAGAGGAGACGCCAUUCGAGGCGAAGGGGCGAAGCUUUUUGUUUUAUAUAUUUGCAGAUUUUUUAUUAAUAUUAUCAGUCAAGAAAUAAUAUCAGGAAUAUACAUUUGUGAGGCUUGUGAAGAAAAAAGGUUAAAAAAUUUCUAGAAUUCAGUAGUUUGACUACUGCACAGUGUCCACUUCAAAAAAGGACUUUUGCACGGAAAGAAUCAUAUCAGAUUCAAUACAAGGGUCUCCAGAUUGUUCAAGUUUGAAGAGUUGCUAUUAAUUUGUAAUCAUAAAAUGGGUGCCAAAGAAAAUGGGGAGGAAAGAGAUGAUCGUUUGAGUGAUUUGGAAAAAGAUGUAAAACAUGGCAAGGAAGGUGAAUCAGAUUAUGAGCCUGCGAGGGAUUCACUUUCAUCUCAAGGAGAGGCACCAACUAAUGAUGAGAACAAGGUAAAAAGAGCUUCAAGGGUUCCAAAGAAGCUCACAAAAAAGGAACCAGCUGAAAACCGUCCCCGCACGUCACGAGGAGGUGCUAAUCAUCAAGAACAUGGCAGACUGCAAUUUAAAACAUUGAAUACUAGUCAAAAGAAAUCUCAAAAACCUAGCAGAGCUGCAGUGUCACCUAAAAUCCCUAGCAAUAAGAAGUUAGAGAACACAAAUGUUUCUUCCAAACCUUCAUCAGAGGUAUCCGAAGAAAUGGAUGAUAAAACAAUUGAAGAGGUCAAGGAGAUUGAUGUGCUGGAUGAAGCUCCCAUCUGUGAUCAGAGUAAUGGGACAGAUGAUGAGACGGUUGACACAGAAGAGAAUGUCCUUGAUGAUGACCGGGCAAGUGCAUAUCAGAAGAUGGAGGAGAUGGAAUCAAGAAUCGAAAAACUUGAGGAGGAGCUCAGAGAAGUUGCUGCGCUUGAGAUUUCUCUCUAUUCUGUCAUACCAGAGCAUGGAAGUUCAGCACAUAAAGUUCACACACCUGCUCGGCGCCUUUCAAGACUGUAUAUUCAUGCUUGCAAAUAUUGGACUCAGGAUAAGAAAGCCACAGUUGCUAGAAACACUGUAUCAGGGCUUGUACUGAUCGCAAAAUCAUGUGGAAAUGAUGUUUCAAGGUUAACAUUCUGGUUGUCAAACACGGUUGUCCUCAGAGAGAUUAUUUGUCAAACAUUUGGCAACUUGUCCAAUUCUAAUGCAACUUUGAGGACAGUGGAGUCAAAUGGUGGUGCAAGGAAAACUGAUGAGAAACAAUCACCACUGAAACGGAAAAUCAAUUCCGGGAUCAAACAAGGGAAAAAUUUUGGUUUUAUGCAGCUGAUAGAUGACUGGCAGGAUACAAGCACAUUUACAUCUGCAUUGGAAAAGAUAGAAUCUUGGAUCUUCUCCCGGAUUGUUGAAUCAGUAUGGUGGCAGACACUGACUCCAUGCAUGCAAUCACCUCUGGAGGACAUAUACACUCCAAAAAGCUUUGGGAAGUUGUUAGGACCAGCAUUGGGUGAUCAGCAGCAAGGAAGUUUUUCUAUAAACUUGUGGAAAAGUGCUUUCCAUGAUGCCUUCAGUAGGCUCUGUCCUGUUCGUUCUGGAGGGCAUGAGUGUGGCUGCUUGCCUGUAUUGGCAAAAAAGGUGAUGGAGCAGUGUGUAUCCAGAUUAGAUGUUGCCAUGUUCAAUGCAAUUCUGCGAGAAUCAGCUCAUGAAAUUCCAACUGAUCCUGUAUCUGAUCCAAUUGUUGAUCCAAAAGUUCUGCCAAUUCCUGCUGGGGAUUUAAGCUUUGGAUCUGGUGCACAACUGAAAAAUUCCAUAGGAAACUGGUCUAGAUGGUUGACAGAUCUAUUUGGUAUGGAUGCUGAGGAUUCAGCAAAAGAUGACCAGGAUGGUGAUGCUGAUGAUAGAAAGGAAGAAAUUGCAGAAUCAAAAUCUUUUCAUCUACUUAAUCAGUUGAGUGACCUUUUGAUGCUCCCAAAGGACAUGCUACUGGCCAGGGCCGUUAGAAAAGAGGUCUGCCCAUCUAUUGGUCUGCCUUUGAUAAUUCGGAUUCUCUGCAACUUUACACCUGACGAGUUCUGCCCAGAUCCUGUUCCAGGAAUUGUGCUGGAGGAACUAAACACUGAGAGCAUUUUGGAACGGAGACUGUCGGACAAGGAGCUCAUUGGAGGCUUCCCCUCUGCAGCUGCUCCCGUAUUAUACUCGCCUCCUUUGCCAGCGGAGGUGGCAGAGAAGGUUGCUGAUAUAGGCCGCCAAGCGGAGUUGGACCGAAGAGCAUCCAUGGUCCAGAGGAAGGGAUAUACGAGCGACCAGGAUUUGGAUGAAUUAGAUGCACCCCUGGCUUCUAUUGUGGACAGAACACCACCGGUUUCCCCAUCUCCAACCUCAAUCCCUCACCAGCAAAGCUCGCCAGCUAAUUCAAGGUACAAACUCCUACGACAAGUGUGGUGCGUGUAAAUAUUCCCUCCACCGCCCAAUCUGUCCUACAAGUGUCCACAGCGUAGCGUAACAUCAGACUUGUCCAAAUUUCAUGGAAGACCAUAACGUUGGUUGAUUGUUGAUGUGAUGUCGUCGGCGACAAAAGUGUUAAAAGUAAUGGAUUUUCGUCUGAUGGGUUAUCUUCUGA